UCAAGGCCUCAAACGGCACCGGCUGGAGCAGCGCCAGCUUUUCCUUCUUGGGACAGCAUGACUGCCACGCAGCUCAGGAGCCGGGACAAAACUGGGGCUGUCACCUGUCCCGCGAAACUUAUUCCCCGGGUGCGGUGAGAGCUAGGCUGUGACAGCCCGUCCCAGGGGGACCCCAGCCGGCUUCCACUUGUGUCAUGAGAAAGGAAGGAGAAGGGCCUGGACUAGAGUAUCGCAGCAGCAUUUCCCAGCAGGAAGAAGGGGAGAGGAAGCUUCUGGCUGGGGAGGGGCUGGAGAUGCCACUGACUGCGUGUGUGGAGAAGUGGUUGCAUUCCCAGCUCACCAUGGAUCACAGGCUGAGCAUCCUUUCAGGACAAGACAGACGUGGAAGGGUUUGAGCAUGUCCAGAGGAAGGGAACGGUGCUGGAGAAGGGGCUGGAGCACAAGGAGUGGCUGAGGGAGCCAAAGGGGCUCAGCCUGCAAAGAGGCUCAGGGAUUACCUUCGCACUCUCCACAACUCCCUCACAGGAGGGUGGAGCCAGGAGGAAGAGACAAAGCGGCUGCUGGAGCCGGCAGCCAGCCCACCCAACAAGGUACUGAAUGGAGCAGAGCAGAGCUAUCACAACCUCCCAUCGGCACGCACCGAUGAGCAAGCCAUGCUGUCCUCCAUCCUCGCCAAAACAGCCAUCAACAUCAUCGAUGUGUCGGCAGCGGAUUCCCAGGGCAUGGAGCAGCAUGAGUACAUGGACAGAGCCAGGCAGUACAGCACACGCCUGGCCAUGCUCAGCAACAACCUGACACACUGGAAGAAGCUCCCACUGCUGCCAUCUCUGACUAACCAACCACACCAAGUGCUCGCCAGCGACCCUGUCCCCUUUGCAGACCUGCAGCAGCACGGACGUGAUGGGGGAGCCAUACCCUGGUGGGGAGGUACACACAUCUGUCUGACUCCUGUCACCUCUUCGAUCAUGUGCCACAGGACCAAGAGGACAAGGCGACAGGGAAUGUAUGAUGACCCACCUUUAAGGGGAAGGAGGCACCUGAGAUUCCUAAAUGCUCAUAGUCAAAAGGAAUGUCAAAAGUCAGGGUUUGCAAAUAAUCAGAAAGUUUUAUUAGUAAAUUACACACUUGGCAUGGAAAUUGAAGGGUACCUUUUUAUGGGUAGGUUUCCCCAGCCUGAAGAUGGAUUUAUCAUUUUCUAUGCAAAUUAAUUAUCAUGCACAGUCUGUUUUUUCAGGUCUUCCUGGAAAUGGGUCAGAGGGGUUUAGGGGUCUUUGGUCGUCUUACUCCUACCCUAUAGUCCUUGCCCACUUCCUGCCACUCAUUCCUGUGCUUAUGCUGUACUGUCUUGUGCUUGUCAGCAGGAACUACAACAAGGAUGUUUUUCCAGUGCUGCCCUAUCUCACCUUGCCUCCCUUCUUUAGCCACAUCUUGUUCUUUGUCAUGGCAUGUUAAGAUCAACAGUCCUUGUUUAUUACCAACAGUCCUUGUUUGACUCCACA